CCCCACAACACACUAUAAAUACUUGAUGCUUGUUUCAUCACUCCCUCAUCAAACAAACACAUUCCAACUCACACAUUCAACAACAACUUCAAAAAACUUCACCGCCAUGACCAUGAUCAACAACAACAACAAGAGACAAAGAGAUCAAACCCAACAAAACAACAAAGAGAGCAUCGAUUUGGCAACUAGCCUAAUGCUUCUCUCUCGCACCCAAACCCAAACCCAAACAAAACCGCAUACAGAGUUCGAGUGCAAGACAUGUAACCGCAAAUUCUCGUCAUUCCAAGCACUUGGUGGCCACAGAGCUAGCCACAAGAAACCAAAACUCACUGGAGAAGAAGAGUUGAAAUUCUCAGCGGCCAAACCGAGUAAGCCUAAAAUGCAUGCAUGCUCGAUUUGUGGUCAGGAGUUUUCUCUAGGACAGGCUUUGGGAGGACACAUGAGGAGGCAUAGGGGAGAUUUCAAUGAAGAACAAGGUUUUCGGUUUUCUUCUAUCAAACAUAGUGAGAAGAUUUCUGAAGCUGUGAAAUCAACGCCGGUUUUGAAAAGGUCGAAUAGCAAGAGGGUUAUGUGCUUGCAGAUGGACUUGAAUUUGACGCCACUGGAGAAUGAUUUGAAGAUCUUGUUUGGAAACAAGGCGCCUAGAGUUGAUCUUGCUCUUUUCUGAUUUUGAUGAUCAUUUUUUACUGAUUUUUUUUUGGACUGAUUAGAUUAAUGUAUUCUUUCAAUUUUUGCUAUUUAAUUUAUAGACUGAUUCAAUUUAUGGUACGAUUUGUAAUUACAAUUUGAUUGGAAUAUAUUGAGAGUUGUAAAUGAAAAAUUCGUGAAUUCUUAA